AUGAAGCCUGACCGAGAAGAAGAGUUUGAUGGACCCGAAAAAUCGCCGAAAAAUGAGCAUCAUUUCGUGGACCAAUCCAAAAUAUUGAAGGCCAGAAUUGCACUUCUGUCUACAGCAAUUGGGGGUCCAGAUCACAGUUCUGAUAUCGAUCCGCCUCCAUAUAAGAUAGGUGAUGAUUGUCUUGCCUGUUUGAAAGAUUUAAAGCGGUGGUUUAAGCUUGUGGAUGAACGCCAGUCAAGAUGGGAUGUAGCAGCAGCAGCAGCGCAAUAUAACAUUCUGACGGAUGACUUGAUACCAAUAAUGACCGGCUGGGAGAAUUCCUAUGCCACAGCUGCCAAAAAGGCCAGGAAAAAUGGUGGGAAGGUCGAGGACUUUGUUAGAAACAAGGAAUAUUACGAUAAAAUAUCACUGAACGCACUACAAUUGAUGGUGCUGAUGACUUGGCCCUUGAUUCUCACAGAUCAAUCGACUCAAAAUCAAGUAGAACACUAUUCAAGUCUCAAAAAAAGUCAGGUCAUUUACAAAAAAGCUAUUCUGAGUGCUGAGAAUGGUAAAGUGCUAAAAGCUGCUGUAAGAUUAGCAGUAGAGGUGAUUAAAAUUGAAAAGCGGUUGCGAAGUGCAAAAGACAAUGUUGUACUGAGACUUGUCUUGAAUUUUCUACGGAAUGUGGCCGCUAUCGAACCCAGCGAUCUGACUUUGAGCAAUAAGAAGAAGACCGCCACCAAAGGGAUCAACGCUACCGAUAUGCUACCGCCAAACAUAUCUAAAAACGAUAUAUCUCUGGCUGCCGUUAUCGAGGCUUUCAAUCGCAACAAAGUGCUUGGUCUACUGCUCACAUUUUCAAGCUCUAUCAACCAGGAGUUCGAUGCUGCAUUUAUAAAUGUUCCGCUACUCGAGCUCAUGUUCUUUCUGGUUAAGAAUGUGAACCAUUCGGUGCUAUAUCGGAAAAGAUCAACAGACAAGUCUUCGAGCAGAAAUUUAGCAAGUGAAGAGCAUAGAAAUGGCAGCUCAGAACUUUCAGGCCUGCUGCAGAAGGAGCACGAGAUGAAAAAAAAUGUAAUUCGAAAUACUUCGACGCGUCAUUCCAAUUUUGGCACCAUGCUUUCAAUCCAAACAUCGGACAAGAGGCGGCUUACAGUUUCUGGUGGCCAGAACUUGCUGAAUAGCGAUUACGCCCUGAGAAAACUUGAUUCACGCAAAAAAUGGAACAAACGAAUUUUAACGGCAAAUGAAACAGUUGAAGGAUUGCCUAGUAAUCUUUUGAGCUCUGAUGAAGAAACAGUUUAUUGGGACGAUUCUAUCAGCUCCACAUUUCGCAAAUUCGUUGACGACUUCGUGAAAUCGGGAUUCAACUCGGUAUUAAGCAGCGUAACCGAUUACUUCACCACAGAAGAUGACAAAAUGGUACUGAUUCAUCAAAUUGAGUACCUAUUAUUUUAUUCAUGGUUUUUGAAAUACAGCAGACUUGCAAAACAGAACAAUGUUGAAACUGACAUUAGUCCUAUAUCUUUCGCUCUUCGCGAUACAGCGUUGAUUCUCGUGGGCCAGCUAUUACGGAGGGGCAUGGAACAUAAAAUCUGGGCGGUAGUUCACGCAGGAAUGAUUGCCUAUACAGAGCUAAUAUCGUUGCUCGAAAGCAUGGGCAAUAAUGAAUCUGAAUUGGAGGCCAAAGGACACGUCGAGUAUCAGCUUUUUCAGGAAGAGCGCUUGAAAUUGUUUUCGAGUAUACCAAGAACAGCUAGCAAUCACUCUCUCUCUUAUGUGCGAGGCUGCGUCAAUCUGAUACAUGUUUUAUUCAAAAUCAUAGAAAGGACAAACAAACGACAAGAAGCGCAGUCACAAUCAGCACCAGAAGCUGGACCCAACACUAUUUUUGAACAGGCAAAAAUCUUGGCUGAGGAGGAAGGAGUUGAAAUUGAAGAAGCCGUUGAAAUUCUCGAGUUCAAUACACAAAGAAGUGAAGUGAACUUCAAAAAAUUGCAAAGAUCUUUUGCAAACGACAAUACGAUCAAGACAUAUAUCACCUACCUUGAAAACUUCAAAGAGCUGGCUGACGAAGACAUAAAAAAGUGCAUUCAAUUUCUUUACAGAAUAUUUGUAUCUGCCGAAGAGGAGUCUUUGUUAUUUCGGAUUGACUUCAUGAUCCUAAUGAAGGACAUGAUUAGUCCAACUGGGCUACCAACCAUGUCAAGAGCGCGGAAACACGUCACAAAAUUUGCAGAUGUCUUUACCUCAAAACUGAAAGUGCGGCUAGCAAAGUCGCCUUCAUGGUUUGUAGGUAUACUUUUUCCGGUCAUACAUGAUAGAGAGACUGGCCACUAUCAAAAGUAUGGUGAGAAACUGGAUUCGAUGAUGAACGUCGAACGGGUGGCAAGACCAUCUACAUUCAAGUCUACAGAGGAACUCGAGGGAAUGAGCGCUUCCGCUGCCCUUGAUUUCAAGUUUGGGAUAUUAGUGUCAACACUGAUUGAUAGGGAAAGGCAGAAUAGUGUCGAAACACUAUUAGAAAACCUUCAGCGUUCUUGUGCAGUAAUGAAAUCAUGGUUGCUCAAUGAAGCAACGAGGGGCGAAGUUGACAGUACUCCAAGUGGGCGUGAACAGUUUGAAACUUCAUCAUCCACUAUCCGAAAAGAUGUUCACAGAGACUCGGAUUUCAGAGCACUAUUAAAGCUCUGCGGCUAUCAGCUCUCGAGGUCAGAGAACGAAAGCUGCUUUCUUUUGACCUCUUACCAGAUCACUGAUAUAGAAACGUCCAUCGGUCUGAUUAUGAAGCACAUGCACAAUACGUUUGAGACGCCGAAUGGCGAACCAUCUUCGUUUUAUUUGCAUAGACCAGGAUUGGAAGAUAAAAUCCUUGGGCCAAAUGACGAAUCGCGUGAAUAUACUGAACAGGUCAGGGAAGCGGAGGAAUUGAGCGAAGAGGAAAACGAAUACUUUAAGUCUUUGACAAAGGUUUCGUCGGCUAAGAGUAACGGUGGCCAAGUUCCCUCGAAGGGCGUUGCCGCGAUAAAGAAAAAAAGCGUUCGAAAGCGGAAGAAUCAACAAGGUGGGGCUAGAAGAGCAUCGGAAUCAAGAGAUAAAGAGAAUAACAGUAGCAACGACGUUUACAAGCAAAGGGAAGUUACGAGCGCUGAAAUGAUCAGCGACUCCGAUGAGUCUGAUGAUGAAUUCGCGCAGACCACAUUCUACGAGAAUGAGAUGUUUAUGCGUUUUCUACUGGACAAGUAUAACGGUUCUCUCCCACAACAAAAAUUUGUGCAGUUUGCAGCCUUUGCAUCAGAACGAAUCAAGAAUAGUGGAAAGCUUGUUAAUGAUUAUACGGCUCUUUUUGACGGGCCUGUACCGAGCCCAUCUUCUUUAAUAGCUACCGAAGCGAUGGGAGGGAAAACUUUGGCACCAAAGCUGGCACAGAUUAUGGAGGCUCAAAAUGAAAAAGACGCUGAUGAUCUCAGUCUAUCUGAAGACGUUGACAUAGACAAACCGGUGUCCACAGAAUCAGAAGAUCUGAACUCGAAUACGAACAAGACAACCGUAAGUGAAAAUAUAACCCAUGAAUACGGUGACGCUGUUAUUUCUAAAUACAAACGGCGAAAGGCAAUGAGAAUCGAAGAUGAUGAAGAUGAUGACGAAUAG